AUGAACUCCUCGCUGCUGCUAUUUUUGUGGCUUUUGGGAGUGCUGGGAGCCCUCGGUGGGUUGCAGGAGGCUGUACUGGAGGAGAACCGACCGUCUGAAGAACCCAUUCCCUGCUCCCCAGGCUGCACCUGUCUGCAUGAUGACUACAGCUCUGAGCUCAACAUGUACUGUAGUGCACGCAACCUCACGCACGUCCCCUCUGACGCGCCAGUUGCCACACAUUCGUUAUGGCUGGACGGUAACCUUUUCACCACCCUCCCUGCCUCCUCCUUUAAACACCUGAGCAAACUGGACUUCUUAAACCUGCAGGGUGGCCAACUGUCCUCCAUUGACGUGCAGGCUUUCCAGGCGCUGCGCUCGUUGGCUCACCUUCAUCUGGAGCGCAACCGCCUGCGAUCCCUCCCCGCCACAGUCUUCCAAAACACGCCCAACCUCGCUUCCCUCAGCCUUCACAACAACCAGCUGUUCCGUAUUGAGGAGAAACUGUUUGCCGGCCUCUCUAACAUGUGGCUCCUUAACCUGGGCUGGAACUUACUGGUGGUGCUGCCUGAAAACUGUUUACAGGAUCUGCACAGCCUCCGAGAACUGGUGCUGGCAGGAAAUCGGCUAGCCUAUCUGCAGCCACAGCUCUUCCAGGGACUGUCCGAACUGAAAGAAUUGGACCUCACAGGAAAUCACCUGAAGGUUAUCAAGGCCAAUGUGUUCCUGAAGUUACCGAAGCUGCAGAAGCUCUAUCUGGCCCAGAACCAGAUUGCUACCCUGGCACCUAGAGCUUUCAUGGGCAUGAAGUCCCUCCGCUGGUUGGACUUAACCAACAAUCGACUCUGCGCACUCCAUGAGGAUACCUUUCUGGGGCUUCACAGCCUCCUUGUGCUGAGGCUCUCCAACAACACCAUCAGCAGCCUGCGGCCGAGGACGUUCCGCGAGCUGCACUUCCUGGAGGAGCUGCGUCUGAGCCACAACCGCAUCAAUGUCCUUGGGGACAGGAUCUUUGAGGGGCUGGGUCACCUGGAGGUGCUGGAGCUGGAGCACAACCAGGUGCAAGAGGCACGCACAGGCUCUUUCGCGGACCUGUCUCACGUGGCUGUGAUAAACCUGUCCGGCAGCUGUUUCCUGACUGUUCCAGACCAGAUCUUUAAAGGUCUGGCCCAGCUCCACAGUCUCCACCUGGACAAAGGCUGCCUCACCAAAGUCACCCACCUGGCUUUUGUUGGUCUGACGGGAAUGCGCCGUCUCUUCUUACAGCACAACAACAUUUCUGUGGUGGAGCGCCACAGCUUCACAGACCUCCAAGGCCUGCAGCAGCUCGACCUCAGGUUCAACAAGCUGGAAUCCCUAUACUCGUACACCUUCCACAACCUGAAAAACCUGGACUACCUACUGCUGUCUGGCAACCUCCUCCAGCAGCUUCCCACAGAGGCGCUCCUGCCCCUGAAGCAUCUCUCCUGGCUGGAUAUGUCUGGGAACGGUCUGGAGCGGCUCCACAAUGGCACCAUGCAGAUGCUGCCCAGGCUGCGCUAUCUCAACCUGAAGGACAACGCCCUGAGCAGCCUCCCCCCAGAGAUCCCGGAAGGCCUGCAUCAGCUGUGGCUGACAGGCAACCGCUGGAGGUGCGACUGCAGCACGCUUUCCCUGAGACGCUACAGCCUGAGGAGGCCGCAGGUGGUGCCCCGGCAGGUGGAGAUCCUGGUAGAGGGAGAGGAGCCCCAUGCGGUCAUCAGCGUCCACAACAACAUCACCUGCAGCAGCCCUACCAGCCUGGUCGGCCGUGACCUGAGGGACAUCAGUAGUGAACUCUUCCAGAACUGCUGA